AUACCUCUCAGAGUUCUCGGUCGAGCAGGACGUGUCCGUGCUUUUCGGGUUGAUAAAUUCAAUUUGAACCGGAUUUCAGUGUUUUGUGUGGUGCAAAAGUGUUGCAAAAGUCCAAUUAAACCAUCAUCUGGUCAUUCCCACACACCAGACGGUGAACGCGGAGACCGCGUAGACGCGUUUGUGCGGGUGGAUCCUGCCACCGCCCACCCACCCAGCUAAGUAGCCGCAAGGAAGAAGCUCCGUGGGGUACAUCAAUCAUCCACCGUGGUGGUCUAUAUUGAUAGUCAUCAUCUCCACCCACGGAACGCGAUAACCAUUAAACUGGGCAAGGAGGAAAUUGUUGGAUAUAUCAGUGAAAAAAGGAUUAAGUAAAUUAACAGUGCUCUAAAGGUGAAAAAGGUUCAGUGAAACAAAGAAGUGAAUCUCAUACGUGCCAGUGAAAGAAAGAAAAGAAAAGAAAGAAAAGUUUCUGAUUGUGUGUGGUUGAUUGUGAAGUUAUCAUGAACGAGGAUUCGCACGGAAUAAUGUGGAUUAUUUUGGCCGUUCUGCUCAUCAACUCUUCCUUAAGAGUGGAUGCUGCAACAAAUGAUGCUGACCUCAAAGGACCCGUUUUUCUCAAGGAACCAACAAAUCGUGUGGAUUUUUCCAAUUCAACUGGAGCUGUUGUGGAAUGCAAAGCAAGUGGAAAUCCCCCGCCGGAGAUUAUUUGGGUACGAAGUGAUGGUACAGCUGUUGGUGAUGUUCCUGGUUUGCGUCAGAUUCAACCAAAUGGCAAUUUAGUCUUCCCACCAUUCCGAGCUGAAGACUACCGUCAGGAGGUGCAUGCCCAAAUCUAUGCGUGUCUGGCAAAGAAUCAGAUUGGAUCUAUCAUUUCUCGGGACGUGAAUGUACGCGCUGUUGUCCAACAAUUUUAUGAGGCCGAAGUAAACAAUGAGUACGUUAUCAGGGGCAAUUCGGCAGUUCUCAAGUGUUCAAUCCCAUCAUUUGUGGCGGAUUUUGUGAGUGUCCUAUCGUGGCAGGAUGAUGCAGGAAAUACCUAUGGGUCGGCUACGGGUGAUCUUCAUUCCAAUUCAAAGGACGGUAAAUAUUUAGUAUUGCCGUCUGGAGAGCUGCACAUUCGCGAAGUUGGACCCGAGGAUGGAUACAAAAGCUACCAAUGCCGCACAAAACAUCGAUUGACUGGUGAAACGCGUCUCAGUGCAACGAAGGGUAGAUUGGUCAUCACAGAGCCGGUGGGAAGAGUCUCUCCGAAAUUUCCCACAACUUCAAAAUCAAGUAGUUUCGAUUUGAAAUCCGGAGAAUAUGUGACUCUUCUUUGCCCCGCACAAGCAUAUCCUGUUGCUAUUUAUCGAUGGUACAAAUUUAUCGAGGGCACAACGAGAAAACAGGCUGUGGUUCUCAAUGAACGCGUAAAGCAGGUUUCGGGGACGCUAAUCAUUAAGGAUGCCGCAGUUGAGGAUAGUGGAAAGUACCUUUGUGUUGUCAAUAAUUCCGUUGGCGGGGAGAGCGUUGAGACAGUGCUGACGGUCACGGCACCCCUUUCGGCUCGAAUUGACCCACAGAGUCAGACAAUUGACUUUGGACGACCAGCUGUGUUCACAUGCCACUUCUCAGGGAAUCCAAUUAAGACAAUCUCAUGGAUGAAGGAUGGGAAAUCCAUUGGGCACAGUGAUGCCAUUCUCAGGAUUGAAUCUGUGAAGAAGGAAGACAAAGGCAUGUACCAAUGCUUCAUUCGGAAUGAUCAGGAAUCAGCAGAAGCAAGUGCAGAGCUCAAGCUUGGAGGAAGAUUCGAUCCACCUGUAAUUCGUCAAGCUUUCACGGAUCAAGUCCUUCAUCCGGGUCCAUCGAUGUUUCUACGUUGUGUAGCCGGUGGGAAUCCCACACCGGAAAUUUCCUGGGAGUUGGAUGAGAAGAAAAUUGUCAACAACGAUCGCUUCCAAGUGGGGCAAUACGUCACGGUGAAUGGGGAUGUUGUGUCAUAUUUAAAUAUCACGGCAAUUCAUGCAAAUGAUGGAGGACUCUACAAAUGUAUUGCAAGCAGCAAGGUGGGUGUUGCCACGCAUUCGGCUAAACUCAAUGUUUUCGGAUUGCCAUACAUUCGUCCCAUGGAGAAGAAGGCAAUUGUUGCUGGUGAGACACUCAUUGUAACCUGCCCCGUUGCUGGACAUCCUAUUGAUUCCAUUGUAUGGGAGAGAGAUAAUCGAGCACUGCCAAUCAAUCGGAAGCAGAAAGUCUUCCCCAAUGGAACCCUCAUCAUUGAGAAUGUUGAAAGGAAUUCAGAUCAAGCAACCUACACGUGUGUCGCUAAAAAUGCCGAAGGGUACAGCGCAAGGGGUGCAUUAGAAGUUCAAGUUAUGGUUCUACCAAAAAUAGCUCCGCUGGUAUCCGGAGAUGAGCCCCUAUUUUUGGGUGACUAUUUUCAAUUAAAUUGCGCCGUGGUUCACGGAGAUUAUCCCUUUAAUAUCACAUGGUGGUUCAAUAAUGCGCCCCUGGACCGAGGGAUGGGCGACAUGACGAUAACAAUGCUGGGAAAAAGGAGCAGUUCGCUGAAUAUUGAGUCAGUUAUGGCUCAUCAUGUCGGAAAUUACACUUGUGUGGCUGCAAAUAGAGCUGGAAAUGCCACAUCCACAGCCAAACUCACUGUUAAUGUUCCACCACGUUGGAUUCUGGAGCCAACUGACAAAGCUUUCGCUCAGGGUUCAAAUGCCAAAGUUGAGUGCAAAGCCGAUGGCUUCCCAAAGCCACAGGUUACAUGGAAGAAGGCCGUUGGUGAUACCCCUGGGGACUAUAAAGAUCUCAAAGCCAAUGAUAAUAUUCGCGUUGAGGAUGGUACGCUCUUUGUCAAUAAUAUUCAGAAGAAUAAUGAAGGAUACUACCUGUGCGAAGCUAUUAAUGGGAUCGGAAGUGGACUUAGUGCUGUAAUACUCGUUAGUGUUCAGGCUCCACCGGAAUUCACGGAAAAACUACGAAAUCAAACCGCACGACGUGGUGAGCCUGCGGUGUUGCAAUGCGAAGCAAAAGGCGAAAAACCCAUUGGGAUCUUAUGGAAUAUGAAUAACAAUCGUCUAGACCCAAAAACCGACACUCGUUACACCAUUCGCGAAGAGAUUCUGACCACUGGAGUCAUGUCCAGCCUGUCCAUCAAGCGUACCGAACGCAGUGAUUCCGCUCUCUUCACCUGUGUAGCAACAAAUGCAUUCGGAAGCGAUGAUGCUAGCAUUAAUAUGAUUAUCCAGGAAGUCCCAGAAAUUCCCUAUGCGCUGAAAGUCUUGGAUAAAUCCGGUAGGACAGUUCAGCUAAGUUGGGCCAAGCCAUACGAUGGAAAUUCUAACCUUGACCGCUAUGUGAUUGAGUCAAAGAGAUCUCGUGGUUCAUGGGAACACGAUGUGGAACGUGUCUUUGUUCCAGGACAUACAAAUGAAGCUCAAGUACAGAAACUAAGUCCAGCAACAACCUACAAUAUUCGCAUAAUUGCCGAGAAUGCCAUUGGUGUGUCUGAUUCAUCGGAAGUUGUUACAAUUAUUACAGCUGAAGAAGCUCCAUCAGGAAAGCCCCAAAAUAUCAAAAUUGAUCCCAUUAGUCAAACUGCUCUGCGUGUUUCAUGGAAACCACCACCAAGAUCUGAAUGGAAUGGAGAAAUUCUUGGAUACUACGUUGGGUAUCGUCUUACAAGCACCAAUAGCUCCUACAUCUACGAAACUGUGAACUACGUGACUGAGGAGGGCAAAGAGCAUAGUCUUGAGUUGAAUAAUCUCAAAACUUACACACAAUACUCGGUGGUAAUUCAGGCAUUCAAUAAGGUUGGUGCGGGUCCUAUUAGUGAUGAAGAGAAGCAGUACACGGCUGAAGGGACUCCCGAUCAACCACCCAGUGAUACAAUCUGCACAACACUCACAUCUCAGACUAUUCGUGUGUCCUGGGUGUCUCCGCCCUUGGAAUCCGCUAAUGGCAUCAUUAAGGGCUACAAAGUGGUUUAUGCUCCAAGUGAUUUGUGGUAUGAUGACAAGAACAAGGAUUACAAGAAGACCGCCUCCAGUGACACGGUUCUGCAUGGUCUGAAGAAGUACACAAACUACACGAUGCAAGUUCUGGCCACUACAUCGGGUGGUGAUGGUGUACGCAGUGCACCCAUUCAUUGCCAGACUGAGCAAGAUGUUCCUGAAUCCCCAACAGAUGUAAAAGCUUCAGUAAUGUCAAAUAAGGCGAUUCUCGUGUCAUGGCGACCCCCAACCCAUCCUAAUGGCGUUAUCCUGCAGUACAAUGUGUACGUGAAAGGUGAGGGGAGUGAUGCAGAGCCCACUGGACAGAAAGUUCCUGCAUACCAGAUGAGUUUGGAAGCAUCGGGAUUGGAGGUGAAUAAACCAUAUGAAUUCUGGGUGACGGCGAGUACAAUUAUUGGGGAGGGGCAACCCAGCAAGACUACCAUUGCAAUUCCCAAUGAUAAAGUCCCAGCAAAAAUUGCAUCAUUUGACGACACAUUCACGGCAACAUUCAAAGAGGACACUAAACUCCCCUGCUUGGCUGUUGGAGCUCCCACACCAGACAUUACGUGGAAGAUUAAGGGGGUGGAAUUUACGCCAACCGAUAGAAUGCGUCAACUGCCAGAGGGGUCACUUUUCAUCAAGGAGGUCACACGUCAAGAUGCCGGGGAGUACACGUGUGUAGCUGAGAAUUCCAUUGCCAAAGAUUCAAUCACGCACAAAUUGAUUGUUCUUGCACCGCCACAAUCACCCCAAGUUACCCUCACGACCACCACAACGGACUCCUUGACGCUCAAGCUGAAGCCCCAUGACUCCGAUUCUGCCCCACUGCACGGAUACACCCUGCACUAUAAACCUGAAUUUGGAGAUUGGGAUACCGUGGAGGUGGCUGUUGAUGCUCAAAAGUACACCAUUGAGAAUCUCUUCUGUGGCUCACGCUAUCAAGUCUACGCCACGGGGUACAAUACAAUUGGAGCCGGGGAAGCAUCUGAUAUACUAAAUACACGCACAAAGGGUUCCAAGCCAAUCCUGCCAGAAAUGUCUCGCUUCAUUGAUGUCUCAUCUAACUCCAUUACACUCCGUUUGCCGGCAUGGAAGGAUGGUGGAUGCCGUAUGUCGCACUUUGUUGUGGAACACAAGAAAAAGGAUCAAACGGAAUGGAAUCAGAUUUCGAAUAAUGUGAAACCAGGUGGAAAUUUCGUGGUGCUCGACUUGGAGCCAGCAACAUGGUAUAAUUUGCGCAUCACAGCUCACAACAGUGCAGGAUUUACUGUAGCUGAAUAUGAAUUUGCCACGCUCACAGUGACGGGAGGAACAAUCUCACCGCCACUGGGGAGCGAUACGAGGCCCGGCUUCAAGCAAUACCUGCCUUGGAUGCCAGAGUGGCUGGACCUUAAUUUUAUGGUGCCUUUAAUAGCGACAGUUAUUGUCGUCGCGGUGGGUAUUCUUGUGAUAUGCGUCGCUCUAUCCAGGCGGCGAUUAGAUGAUCGAGGUGGACCAAAGGAUGUCUAUUAUGAUGUAGUUUACAAUCAAACAAUGGGACCGGGAGCAACGCUGGAUAAGCGCCGUCCGGACUUGAGGGAUGAAUUGGGGUACAUUGCACCACCCAAUAGGAAGCUACCACCUGUACCGGGAUCCAACUAUAACACCUGUGACCGCAUCAAGCGAGGUACAGUCAUAACCCGUAGUAUGAGAUCUAAUCAUUCGACAUGGGACCCAAGAAGACCUCUUUAUGAGGAAUUGAAACCACCACCGAUUCCAAGGAGGCACCAUGGCUCAGAUGAAUGCUAUCACCCACAUCCAACAGGUAUGGAGGAUGAAAUCUGCCCAUACGCCACGUUCCACUUGCUCGGCUUCCGGGAGGAGAUGGAUCCAACCAAGGCAAUGAACUUCCAGACGUUCCCCCAUCAGAAUGGUCACGGUGCUCCUGGGCAUGUGGGAACAAUGGGACCACCAGGAACAAUGCAACAUCCUGGCCACGUACACUCACGUUCUGGAUCCCAAUCAAUGCCACGCCAGAACCGGUAUGCGAGGAAGAAUAGCCAAGGUGGUCAGAGUUCCAUCUACACACCGGCUCCGGAGUAUGAUGAUCCAGCUAACUGUGCCGAAGAGGAUCAAUACCGUCGUUACACCCGCGUAAACUCCGGCUCUCUGUAUGGAGGCCCAGGUGGUCCUGAAUACGAUGAUCCAGCUAAUUGCGCCCCCGAGGAAGAUCAAUAUGGAUCACAGUAUGGUGCCCCAUAUGGUGCUCCAUACGAUCACUAUGGCUCUCGUGGCUCUAUGGGUCGUCGCAGUGUGGGAUCUACUAGAAAUCUACCAAAUGGAUCACCUGAACCACCACCACCGCCACCACGCAAUCAUGCCGAAAGUAAUUCAUCCUUCAAUGAUUCCAAAGAGAGCAACGAAAUUUCAGAGGCUGAAUGCGAUCGCGAUCACGGACCACGUGGCAACUAUGGAGAAGAGAACAAAGAUGAGGCCCUAAGGUCUCCUCAUCAGAAGGAUGGGCGCACAACUGAAGAAAUGCGCAAAUUGAUUGAGAGAAACGAAAUCGGCACCAAAUACCAACAACAAGGUGGCCCCGCCGGACUCACAGCCUACGAUACUCUGGCAGUGUAAUUUAUAAGAUGCUGAUUCACAAAACCAGCAUUGAUUGCGAUCGAUCGAAGAUUUUAUGCGCCAUCAGCAAAAGCUCAGCGGCUUUUUGUCUUUGUAAGUCAGUUUAUUUAUUUUCCUCCUUUGAUAAACAUUCAAUUGAAUAUUGUAUAAUUAUAAUGAUAAUUAAAUGAAGAAAACAAUCUUGAGAGAAUACAAACACACAAUUUGGUGCCAAAGAAAUUUGCUCCAUUACUUUAAAAAAAAAUCCGAAGAGAGUAAAAAAGUCAAAUAAUUUAUUUCUUAGAGAGAUCGCGAUCAAAAAUUGAUGGAGAGAGUAAAAAAAAUUUCCAAAUCAUAACCAUAAUAUUUAUAAAAAAAAAAUAUGAUGUGAAUCAUAUAAUUUUUUGACUACAAGAAUUUUUUAAAUGUUUCUUGACAUAAUUUUUGUACUAUAUCAAGCAAAGAUAAAAAAAAAGUAAUGUCUGAUUGAUAAAACUUAAACAAAAAAGUGAAACUCUCUUUAUAAUAUUUGUAAUUUUUCAACAUAUAAUUCGUAAAAAAAAAUACAUACACAACAUUAUGUAUGUGACAAAGAGAAAUUCUUCUCGAAUGCAUUUCUAUGGUUUAUUACUUUUUUUUCAAUUUGUAAAUUUAUUUAAUUUUUUUUGUAAAAAAUUUUGUUAACUUCUAACAAAUUUAUGAUUGAGACAUUUUGUAAAAAUGUUGAUUUUCUCAUUGAAAAAGAAAAGGAAAUAACAUCACUUAUAUUUGCGUGAAGAUCACAUUGUCAACCGAGAGAGAUAAAGCUAUACGAGAGGAUCUUUUAGUAAAGAUCAUUUUACUAUAUUUUAUAGGAAUUUGUAUAAAAAGAUAAUUUUUUUCUUGUAUAGAACAGAGCAUUAUUUUACGCGCAAGAUUGCGUGAGAGAGAGAAAAGGAAAUAUUUUUAGCAGAUGAUCAACAUUGUAUAAAUUUCAGUGUGAGCACAUCGUCAACAUUAUUUUAAGGAUUUAUUUGCGGUUCAAGAACAAAGUUCCUCAUAUUUGCACCUUUGUGUGAACACCGGAAAGUUCUUGUAUUAUACACUCACACACACAACAAUACGUCAAUGUUAGAUAGAAAUUUUAAAUAUUAAAUUCUUAUUUUUCGUAGCUUCUCUAAAUGAGAAAAAUGACACAAUUUGAUUGCACGGAAAUUUAAUAGAAAGAGUAAUAAAAGAUCUUCCAAUAGUUGCAGAUUUAUGAAGAUUUUAGCCAAUAGAAAAAAUCUUCCUGUAAUAUUUAAACCUCCCACAUUGUAGGUAGAUCACUCUUCAACUAUGAAAAUGAUUUUGCAAGGAAUUAAAAAAAAAUAGGAGAGGAUUUCCUUCCAUGAAUUAAAGAUUUUACAAAAUAAAUUCUCUAAUGAACGAGCAGUUAUUUAUGCAAUUUUUUUAUUAUGAAAUUCUUCGUUUUAAAUUAAUUUUUGCAAGCUGUGGAAAUUCAUCUCGCUAUUUACUCAACAUAGUUUGUUUAAUUUCUCAUUAUAAGAAAUUUUUAUUGGUAUAAUGUGGUUGUGCUUUGCAAGGGUUGUGGAUUAUAUAUCCCCAGGAGCGAGAGAAUUGAAAUAUAAAUAUGCGAAGGAGGGGUUUUCAUUAGCAGAAAAGAAAAACAUUUUGGCCAUUUUAGAAAAAUUACAAAACAAUUUAUCUUCCAAAAAUUUUAUUUUUUCGCCCAUUUAUUAACAAAGAAAAAACGGAUAGAAAAGAAAAAAUUCCUAGUCUUCGAAAAAAAAAAAACUUUCUGCAAAUAGGUGAUUAUCUAAAAAUAGGUAUAUAUAUUUUUUUAGCAGUGUGAUCAUUGCAAUGAUUGAGUCUUCACGCAAAUUUGGAGAGGAAAAUGAGAAAUACUUUUUUUUGUAAAUGAGAAAAAUUGUGUGUUUGAAGUGAAAUUUUCUGUGAAUUUUUCUUUUCGUGGAAAAAGAAAUAAUUCAGAGCUAAAAAAAAGUCACGACAAAAACAAAAAUAAUUAAGUUAUAAUUAGUAAAAGAAAAAGAAAAGAUUACCAUUGUGAUAUUUUAUUUUUUUGAAUUUUAAUUCUCACUUAUAAUCAGUUGAUGGAUUUUUUGUGUUUUUUAUUUCAACUGAGUUAUUUAGGUGUAUGUUUUUUUUUGUAAUAACCUAUAAAUUAAUUUCUCAAGUCAUAAAAAUUUCAACCCUAAAAAUUUGAAAUGAAAAAAAUAGACAUUUAAUUAGUGUCCAUAAUAAUCUAAAUACAGUGGAAAAAAUACUAAAAAAAAAUAUUGUGUAGAUCGCUUAACAGCAUAAAAAUAUUAACUAAGAGGUAAUAAAAUAUUUAAUAAAAAAAUACUUAUAACUAUGAGGAAAAAAUAUAAUUGUGACAUCUUUUAGUGAAUAUAUUUGAGAGAAGGUUUACGCGAGUAUAGAAAUGUAGGGUUUUUAUUAAUUUUCUAAUUUUUAUUUUAUGUCAAAAUUAUGAAAAACUUACCGACUGACGAGAAUUUGCUCAUUCUAGAUUUGCACGUAGAAUGAAAUCAAAAAUUGCAACAAAAAAAAUUCUCCUACAUAGAUUUCCCAUAAAGAACGAUUUUGCUUUAAUUUUGACUCUUUUCCCAAAUAUUUGGCAACAUAAAAUCAAAUUUUACAAGACAGUUGGAUUGUAGGAAAAAGAAUAUAGAGAGAGACGAAAAUAAACGUAUUUACAAUUUGAUAUAGAAAAGAAAGAAGAAAAAAAUAUAUUCAAGAAAUUAAUUUUUGGCGAAAAUUAGUGAAUAUUUUUAUUUUUUAUUUUCGAUUUUGCGAAAAAGAAAAAGAAACAUAAAUUAUCUAAAAAAAAUACAUUUAUCAUUAAAAAAUAUUAAAAAUUAAAAAUAUGAAAGAUCGGAGGUGAAAAAAAAAUACUUAGAAUAUAUUAAAUAAAAAUUUUGAAUUACAUAACAUAUAUCUACUCCAAUAUAUGAAUAUUAAAUGAAAAAAUAUCAAUCUAAUCAAGAAGCGAGAGAAUAUUUCGAGUAAAAAAAAAACAUCUAGAAACUUAUUAUUCCCAGAGCGGUUUAAAAAAAAUGAAGAUGGAUAAAAUCGUAUAAAAUAAUCAAAUUUUUAACUAUCUAAUCGAUUGCUAGUAUUUGUUGAAUGUUGUUAACUCCAAUACAGCUCUAAUAUUAGCUUCUGUGUGGUAUUUUCUUUAUCUCGUUAGCCCGAAAAUAUUAAAACAGAUACGGCAAUAAAAUAGGAAGAAGAAAUCAACAUAAAUCAUAAAUCAUAUUGCAAAACGGUUAGCAAAAAAUAAUUUGACAAAGAAAAAAUAAACUGGAAACAAUUAAUUUAGCAUUCUUUCAAUAAAAAAAUUAAUUCAUUCGAAGAAAUCUUCAAAAUCUUAAUUUUUGCAAAAGAUUAUUUUCUCUUUUAUUCAAUUUAGUAAAAAAAAACUACAUAAUCCAAAGUAAAAUGUGAGAAAAUCUCAACUAUUAUAAUAUAUAGCUAAACUACCUACAGAAAAUAAUUAAACAAGAAAAAAAGCAUAAAUAGAAAUUACUUGAGAAAAAGAAAAUUCCAAUGUUCGAUUAAAAAAAAAAAAAGAAGCAAGAAAAAAACUAUAAAUGUAGAUGUAUUUGCUCGCUUAUUUUUGUGUAUUUUUGAAAUGAAAAAAUAUUAUAAUUAUAUAGGAAACACAGAAGAAACUAAAAGAAAAAAAUAGAUUUAUCGCUAUAUAGAUUCCUAAUGAAUUUUGUGACAAUGUUUUUCGCCUAAAUUUAAUCUUUUGAUAAGUUUACGCAACACAGCACAAAAAAUAAAGUAAAAUGUCUUCUUUUAUUGGCCAUGCGCUAACAAUUUUUCGGUUCUUCUGCCAUACGAAAAUUAUUAUAUGAUGAUGAAAAAAAAAAUAUAAUAUACGUAUAAUUCCUUAGAAUUUCUUAGAAAAUAUGCUUUGCUAUAAUCUUGAUAUAUAUUUCCAUGUAAUUUGUAUUUUGAACUACAAUAUUUUCUAAGUGAUCUAAUUUGUAAAUUUUUUCACUGAUUUUUCGAGAAUAAAAGCGUUAUGUAAUAA